UAUUUCAGUCAAACUAAGAUCUUAACCACCUCACUUAGCUGUUAGUAACAGAACUGAAACAACAUUUGUAAAACAACAAAACUGAAACUAAACCUAAAGAAGUGCAUUGUAAGAAAUGGAGAUGUGUUUGUGGAGAUAUAUUGUAAUAAUAAGUUUGUUAUGGAGAAUGAAAUGUGCAAAUGGGAUUAGAUUUGUGAUAGACAAAGAAGAAUGUGUUUCUCAUAAAGUGGAAAGUGAAGGUGACAUUCUUCAUUUCUCUUUCGUUUUGAUCAAAUCCGAUUCGCCUUCUCAUGUUGCGGAUUCUGGUGUUGAUCUUCUGGUAAAGGGACCAUCAGGAGAACAGCUACAUGAUAUACAUGAUAAGACAAGUGAAAAAUAUGAAUUUGUUGUAUACAAAAAAGGGCUUUACCAAUUUUGUUUCACCAACAACUCUCCUUUUCUUGUAACCGUUGAUUUUGAUGUUCAUGUUGGUCACUUCACUUACCAUGAUCAACAUGCCAAAGAUGAACAUUUUGCUCCUUUGUUGAAGCAGAUAUCAAGAUUAGAGGAAGCUCUUUACAACAUCCAAUUUGAACAACAUUGGUUAGAGGCUCAAACCGACCGACAAGUAAUACUGAAUGAUAACAUGAGCAGAAGAGCAUUGCACAAGUCGAUGUUUGAAUCGGCUGCCCUAAUCGGGGCAAGCGUUCUUCAGAUAUACCUUAUGCAACGAUUGUUUGAUCGGAAGCUUCACAUGUCCCGAGUCUAAAACUUCACGAAUUUACUCAUCUGUUGAGCGCCCACAAACAUCAUUUUUUGAUGCCCAUUGCCGUCUCUGGCGUGCUUUUUUAUUUUUGGUUCCGAGGUCAUUCAGGCAAUGCAUGAUGUACAACAGACAACAUUUGCAAGUAUUUCUUAUAGAUUUUUUUUCCUA